AGCCAACUAUUAAUCUCGCGAGGGUUGAAAGUCGGUGGCGUAGAUAGUUGUCCUGGAUGCUGCCGAGGUAGAUGAUUUCUCCCAGAGGAAGAAAAGGAGGCGGCGAAGCUAGUUCCCGGCGUCGGUCUCUCUUUCGCUUUCCUUUCCCCUAACUCCAACCCUCCGCCCUCCCGAAAUCAACCCGCCUUCCCUGACCUCGGUGACCCAAGUGGCCCCGCCCACUCCCGUCGACGUGAUUCCCGCCGUGAGGUAAGCGCCGGUCGAAUCCCGAGCCCCGCGGAAGAGGAGGCAGACGAAAGGGGGAGGCUGCUCGGCCCGGCUCAGGCUCGUAGCGGAGCCGCAGCGCAGGGGGGCGUUCGGGUGGUCCUCUCGCUCCUCCGUCAGCUCGUGGCGACGUAACCACCCAGGCCUAGGCCUCAUCUCUGCCGAGCCGGGCCUCAGGCAGCAGCGGGUGACGCAGACGGAACAUCAUGUCGUCCGCGGCCGAGCCUCCGCCACCCCCGCCUCCCGAGAGCGCGCCUUCCAAGCCCGCAGCCUCGGCCGCCAGCAGCGUGAGCAACAGCAGCAACAAAGGGGGCCCGGAGGGCGUCGCGGCCCAGGCGGCUCCCUCUGCGGCUAGCUCCGGCCCCGCGGACUCCGAGAUGGAGGAAGUAUUUGAUGAUGCAUCUCCUGGAAAGCAAAAAGAAAUUCAAGAACCAGAUCCUACCUAUGAAGAAAAAAUGCAAACUGACCGAGCAAACAGAUUUGAAUAUUUAUUAAAGCAGACAGAGCUGUUUGCACAUUUCAUCCAGCCUGCUGCUCAGAAGACUCCAACCUCACCUUUGAAGAUGAAACCAGGGCGACCACGAAUAAAAAAGGAUGAGAAACAAAACUUGCUAUCAGUUGGCGACUACCGACAUCGUAGAACAGAGCAAGAGGAAGAUGAAGAACUAUUAACAGAAAGCUCUAAAGCAACCAAUGUUUGCACUCGAUUUGAAGAUUCUCCAUCAUAUGUAAAGUGGGGUAAACUGAGAGAUUAUCAGGUCCGAGGAUUAAAUUGGCUCAUUUCUUUGUAUGAGAAUGGCAUCAAUGGUAUCCUUGCAGAUGAAAUGGGCCUGGGAAAGACUCUUCAAACAAUUUCUCUUCUUGGGUACAUGAAACACUAUAGAAACAUUCCUGGUCCUCAUAUGGUUUUGGUUCCUAAGUCUACAUUACACAACUGGAUGAGUGAAUUCAAGAGAUGGGUACCAACACUUAGAUCUGUUUGUUUGAUAGGAGAUAAAGAACAAAGAGCUGCUUUUGUCAGAGAUGUUUUAUUACCAGGAGAAUGGGAUGUAUGUGUAACAUCUUAUGAAAUGCUUAUAAAAGAGAAGUCUGUUUUCAAAAAAUUUAAUUGGAGGUACUUAGUUAUAGAUGAAGCUCACAGGAUCAAAAAUGAAAAAUCCAAGUUGUCAGAAAUAGUGAGGGAAUUCAAGACCACAAAUCGACUAUUACUGACUGGAACACCUCUUCAAAACAACUUGCACGAGCUCUGGUCACUUCUUAAUUUUUUGUUGCCAGAUGUCUUUAAUUCAGCAGAUGACUUUGAUUCAUGGUUUGAUACAAACAAUUGCCUUGGGGAUCAAAAGCUAGUUGAGAGGCUUCAUAUGGUUUUGCGUCCAUUCCUCCUUCGUCGAAUUAAAGCUGAUGUUGAAAAGAGUUUGCCUCCGAAGAAGGAAGUUAAAAUCUAUGUGGGUCUCAGCAAAAUGCAAAGGGAAUGGUAUACUCGGAUAUUAAUGAAGGAUAUAGAUAUAUUAAACUCUGCAGGGAAGAUGGACAAAAUGAGGUUAUUGAACAUCCUGAUGCAGUUGAGGAAAUGCUGUAAUCAUCCGUAUCUAUUUGAUGGAGCUGAACCUGGUCCGCCUUAUACAACAGAUAUGCAUCUAGUUACCAACAGUGGCAAAAUGGUGGUGUUAGACAAGCUGCUCCCUAAAUUAAAAGAACAAGGUUCACGAGUACUAAUCUUCAGUCAGAUGACAAGGGUAUUGGAUAUUUUGGAAGAUUAUUGCAUGUGGAGAAAUUAUGAGUACUGUAGAUUGGAUGGGCAGACACCCCAUGAUGAGAGACAAGAGUCCAUCAAUGCAUACAAUGAGCCAAACAGCACAAAGUUUGUUUUCAUGUUAAGCACACGUGCUGGUGGUCUUGGCAUUAAUCUUGCUACUGCUGAUGUAGUAAUUUUGUAUGAUUCAGAUUGGAAUCCCCAAGUAGAUCUCCAGGCUAUGGACCGAGCACAUAGAAUUGGACAAACCAAGACCGUUAGAGUGUUCCGCUUUAUAACUGAUAACACUGUGGAAGAAAGAAUAGUGGAACGUGCUGAGAUGAAACUCAGACUGGAUUCAAUAGUCAUUCAACAAGGAAGGCUUGUGGAUCAGAAUCUGAACAAAAUUGGGAAAGAUGAAAUGCUUCAAAUGAUUAGACAUGGGGCAACACAUGUAUUUGCUUCAAAAGAAAGUGAGAUUACUGAUGAGGAUAUUGAUGGUAUUUUGGAAAGAGGUGCAAAGAAGACUGCAGAGAUGAAUGAAAAGCUCUCCAAGAUGGGUGAAAGCUCACUUAGAAACUUUACAAUGGAUACAGAGUCAAGUGUUUAUAACUUUGAAGGAGAGGAUUAUAGAGAAAAACAAAAGAUUGCAUUCACAGAGUGGAUUGAGCCACCUAAACGAGAAAGAAAAGCCAACUAUGCUGUUGAUGCCUAUUUUAGGGAAGCUCUUCGUGUCAGUGAACCCAAAGCACCCAAGGCUCCUCGACCUCCAAAACAACCUAAUGUUCAGGAUUUCCAGUUCUUUCCUCCACGUUUAUUUGAAUUAUUGGAAAAAGAAAUUCUCUAUUACAGAAAAACUAUUGGGUACAAGGUGCCUCGAAAUCCUGACCUACCAAAUGCAGCACAGGCACAAAAAGAAGAACAGCUUAAAAUUGAUGAAGCUGAACCCCUUAAUGACGAAGAGUUAGAGGAAAAAGAGAAGCUUCUAACACAGGGAUUUACCAAUUGGAAUAAGAGAGAUUUUAAUCAGUUUAUCAAAGCUAAUGAGAAGUGGGGUCGUGAUGACAUUGAAAACAUAGCAAGGGAAGUAGAAGGAAAAACUCCGGAAGAAGUUAUUGAGUAUUCAGCUGUAUUCUGGGAAAGAUGCAAUGAACUCCAGGACAUAGAGAAGAUUAUGGCUCAGAUCGAAAGGGGAGAGGCAAGAAUUCAAAGAAGAAUUAGUAUCAAAAAAGCACUUGAUACGAAGAUUGGACGGUACAAAGCACCUUUUCAUCAGCUGAGAAUAUCAUAUGGUACUAACAAAGGGAAAAACUACACUGAAGAAGAGGAUCGUUUCCUAAUUUGUAUGCUUCACAAACUUGGAUUCGACAAAGAAAACGUUUAUGAUGAAUUACGACAGUGUAUUCGCAACUCUCCUCAGUUCAGAUUUGACUGGUUUCUUAAGUCCAGAACUGCAAUGGAGCUCCAGAGGAGGUGUAACACCUUAAUUACCUUGAUUGAAAGAGAAAACAUGGAACUAGAAGAAAAGGAGAAGGCAGAGAAAAAGAAGAGAGGACCAAAACCUUCGACACAGAAACGUAAAAUGGAUGGAGCACCUGAUGGUCGAGGAAGAAAAAAGAAGCUGAAACUAUGAAUACAUACUUGUUUCAUAAUCACUAACUUUAAACCAGUAGUUCUUUAAUUUACGGGUCUUCAUAAGAUGUACUGUACAAUGCUCAAUUGUUAUGUCAUUCAAAGACAUCAGGUUCAUCUGUUUACUGAGCUUAGAAACAUAGUAUGUAGUUUCACUUUUUUAAAUGCAACAGCUGUGCUGAAAUUUUUUUUAUCAUUAACACUUGAAGUAAUAAAACAGGCUUCAUUUAUUAA